AUUAAUUGUUUAAAUGUUUURGAAGCACCAAUUAAAGACAUUGAAGAAUUAAAAGAGAAACAGUUGUAUGGAAAGUUAAUUGAAUCAUUGACUUUGAGAAAAGAUGUAAAUGGAUCUGAUGAUGAAAAUAUUAUUUCCGCAUUUAUUAAAGAUGAAUAUCCUGAAUUUCAAAUUAAUAAGGAUCAAAUUGAAAAAUAUUCCGAAGACACAUAUAUCAUGUCGUUAGUACUAUCUCAUGCGAGUCAAAAUUCUAAUUUUCAUUUACCUAUGUGUACUAAAUUACARCAUGAAACACAAAUUAAAAUUAAAUCUUUUCUUGAAAUGGUAUUACCUUAUGGAAAGUCCAUUUCUUUUGAAAUAUUAAGAKACGYUAUAAUAGAGUUAACUGAAAUUGAAAGAAAAAAUGUAUUUAAAACACCAAAUACACGUUCUCUUAAGGAAUUUUUUGGUUCUCCGGUAGUACGUUCUGCCCAAAGCAGUAGAAUUUUAAAUGAAAGAAAUCGUGAAUUAAGACUUUUAAAAUCCGAAUUAGAAGUAGAGAGGUUUGAAAAAGCAGAUCUUCAAGAGGAUUUAAGAAUAGAAAAAUACAAAGUGCAGCGUUUAAUGAAAUUACUGGAAGAAAAAACAUUAGAAAUAAAAAAAUUAAAAGAAGAAAAAAAUAAACUAGCAACUCCAAGAUCUUGUAAAAAAGGAAAGAAUACAUUUCACAAUGAAGAUUAUUACAAGCGAAAAAUACAUGAAUUAAAAAAUCAGUUACUUCAAUCUCAAGAUAAUAUUAUUAAAUUGGAAAAACAUAAAACAACUGUUACAGAAAAAUUAACAACAUUUUUAGAGAAAGAAAAUGUAAGUCUUAACGAAAAGUGCAAUAACUUAGAAAGAUCUAUAGAAAUGUUAACGGUAGACAUGGAGUCUAAGGAAAGAGAAAUAGUAGAUCUUAAAAUAACUAAUGAAGAUUUACGUACACAUUUAAGAAAAUUAAAUCAUCGAUAACUGUCAUCGAUAGAAGACAGUUUUGAAGUUGAUGGAGUUAUAUUAGAAAAUUCUUUGUUGAUACCUAUGAAUACAAGUGAGACUUUAAGUUCUGUUAUUGACGUUCAACUUCAAGAAACGAGAAAUGAAAAUACUUUAUUAAAAACACAACUUAAUCAGUUAAAGGAAAAAAUUAAAAAUUACUUUAAAAGAACAUAAAGAUUCAACACAUUUAAUAUCAAUCUUGCAAAAUGAAGUGAAAAUGUUAAAUGAUAUAAAAUUAGAAUUAAAUGAUGCUCAAAACAAAAUUGUAUCUUUAGAGAAAAAUAAUAUAAUAAUUGUUAAGAAUAGCGUAUAUAAGAGACGUUAUGUCUUCUCACYCCGUCASCCCUACUCUUUACCCCUACUUCUCCUAUGGGCCGCACAGUCCCUUAGUACAGGGCAGUGCUGUCAGAUCCAUGUGUUCGGACGACACGAGUCGCUUUCAUAGUGUGUC